UUUCAGUAAUGGGAAACAGUAUGGCUGCGAUAAUAAUUGUUUUACAAUUCAUUAUGCUACUUUUUAGCUAUUCAUUAGCUCAUUACUCAAAUAUGAAAACUAAAUUAAGUUUUGGAUACGCUCCUCCUUCUGAAGAAGAGUAUUAUACCGCAGAGGAUGGGGAAUCUUCCGAAGAAAUAAUAAUUCCGAAAGAAGAAAUCAAGGUUGUCCUGAACGAUUCCGAACUUUUUACCCUUUUGACUGAAUUGGACCUUCCAAGACAAUUCAACGAUGCGCUAUCUGUAGCAAGCGGUGGAGCUAGUCGUGGUGAAGAAUCGCAUAAAGCUCUUUAUUCGAAGAUAGCUUUCAAAACAUAUAAUCUUCUGGUUGAGGGCAAGAGUCCAAUUGAUUCCCUAAAUGAGGCAAUUGCCAAAGUAAAGGAACAUUUGAAUACUACCUUUAAAAUGAAGCUGAUCCUUAAAAAUCGUUUUAAUCAAGCUAACUGGCCCUAUGACAUGUUUCUCUUCCGCGCAAUUUUGGAAAUUUUCGGAAAAGCAUUUGCAGCUGGCCUUCGUCGCAAACACAUUCUUCUUCCUCAAACAAGCUUAGUUUGUUCGUUGUGCGUUAAGCCAUAUAAUAUGCCAUUGGCCGGAGGAGGAUAUUGCCCAAUACGUAAAUGUGCCCAAAAAGUCGAUUUGAGUGCCCACAAGCUAAUGAAUGAUGAAAAUAUUAAAAUGAUAGAUGUUUGGUUCGAUGAUUUCAAAUUUUUUUCUCCUCAAGAUGCUCGAAAAUGGCAGAAACAAUUUCUUCCCAAUUAUUUACCUGGAAGAUUCUUGGUGGAGAUCGUUAAUACUGAAUUAGCUGAGGAAUCAGAGGAAGAAGCAGAUCCAAGUCAUUCAUAUCAAUUCAAGCAUUCAUUCAACUAUGGGCCUCAGAAAUUUGAUGCAAAUCAUCAAUUCGGCUACUCUAAUGGAACAAAUCAGGAGCAUAGUUUUGCCUAUUCAUCUCCUCGCCGUAGUCCUGCUCCCCAUAAUUUCAACACGAAAAUGUCAUUCAACUCACCUGACGGAAAGCGAAAUAGAAUGAGCACAAAAUUUUCUUUCUCAAACAACCACGAUAACUCCUUUGAGACUAUGCCCCCUAAAGCAGCCCCCAAAGCAAUGCAGCAUAAAAUGAAUGUUAAAUUUGGUCCAACGCAAAAAUAUGGUGGAAUUAGCCCUAAAAGUCAAUUCUCUUCGGCACAUUCGUUUAAUGGCCAUGGAUUCAAAUAUAAUUAUGGCAUGAAUCAUUUCCCGCAAUAA